AGCAGAGGCUGCGGCAAAGGGAGUGCCAGCCAGAGCCGGGUGCCAAGGGAGUCUCCGUGCCGGGAGCGCGCUUGGCUGCGGGAGCGCGCCUGGAGCCGGCUGCAAGGAGGAGGAGGAGGAGGAGGAGGAGGUGCUUUUGCCAAGGGUGCCCCCCUUCCUGGCCCCCCAAAAGCCAGCACCUCUUUGAGGGAUCCUCGACAUCCCCUCCUUUUGGAAACCCUACAAGAGGAGGGUCUAUUUUGGGGGGAAACUCAACUGCUUCCAGGAAAUCUAUUUUGGGGGGAGGGGGAGACGAAAGCACCCCUCUUUUGGAAGCUCUGCAAAAGGAAGGUGUGUUUUGGGGACCCCCCUUUUUGCCAAUGUACGCCUUCUAUUCCUUGGUGGUCUACAUCUUCUACACCCUCUUCAAGAAGGAUGGCAGCCAGGAAGAGGAAGAGGAGGAAGAGGGAAAGGAAGGGGAAGGGGGCGAAGGGGGACCCCCAGGACCCCCCAAAUACCAGGGCGGGGGCCCCAGCCAGGGCCUGAAAGCGUUUUCCCUGGAUCCGCCUCCAAAGAGGGCCAAGAAACCGCCGCAAAAGGACCUUUGGAAGGAACUGACGGAGCUGGAGAGCAGCUCAGAAAGUGACCAGCGAAGCAGCACUGAGGAAGAGGAAGAGGAAGAGGAAGAGGAGGAAGGCCUGGACCUGGGAGAAGCCCCCACUCCGCUCUCCGAAUUUCGGUCACUGAAACAAGCAGCCACUGCAAAGCUCUCCCUUGCAGAAAUGGGAUCCUCUGGAGAAAAGGUAUUGCUCCCAUUGCCCUGA